AUGCAGAAAACCUCAUUCCACAACAAGGAGAACACUGUUAUUCCAUCAACUCCUCGUAAGAACCACGUAUCGCCAAAGAAGAGCAAAGGAGUGAGGGUUCCUUUGGGUGGUAAGGAUACGAAUAACGUUACGCAGAAUGUGGAUGAUAGCAAUCACAACAUCAAGCCUGUUCAUAGGCUCAGGAAGCUACGUGGAGCCUCGCCGAAGCUGGUUAAUAGAAAGCAGAUGAAAGUGCUGCCAGAUGUCAGUACGUUGAAUGAAGUUAUCUCCAAGGGAGAAGAAGAAGGCGAUGAUUACGAGUUGGAAUACAGAUCGAUACCACAGCCAGAAUUACCAUACAUUCCAUUGAACUAUACCCCUGUCACGCAAGACGACUUGAACAACUUGAGUGCCUCGCCCCUGAAACGGCCGUUCAAAGCGUUGUGCGAGGAUGAAGACAAUGACAAUGACAAUGACAAUGACAAUGACAAUGACCAUAAUGACGAUAGCGACGAGUUCCCCUUGAACUUCGAAUCAGACGAAGAGAUGGAACAAAUCGAGGCACGCGAUGACGACAACGACAGGAUACCACAUUUCAUGAAGGCGACCGUAGGGUCAAAGUUGAAGGCAAAGGAGAAGAUGGACAUAUACCACGAUGGGUUGACAAAUGCUGAACUACACAGGUUGGUUGAUGAGCAAUGACAAGGGAAACAAUUUUCAGUUUUAUAUGCAAAUUUAACAAUCCGUUUGUAGAGUAUAUACACACUGUCUCUUUUGGUCCAUCACUGCUGCGCACAGUAGGAACUGUUCGCAUUGUCGUUAUCGACAACUCUGAACUCCUGAUUGUUUUCAUUGACGAUGGAGAAGUCAACCUGAUCAACGUUCUGCAAAUCAACAUCUUCAAAUUCACGGUUAGGUUGUGUUGUUGGAAGGAUGUUCUUCAACUUAUUCAGCUCGCUACGCUCUGUGAACCAAUUGUCACUUGGGAACUCAACUUCAACAAGAACGAACAGGUC